ACGUGGUCUGCGGUUACUACGAAGCGCUUGGUGUUCAUGGUCAUAAUUAAUGCGAGGUUUUUGACGUUUCUGGCCUUUGUGACCUCUUUCUGAUUGAGUAAAGUGUCACGCGGGUUAGACCGUGCAGACGUCAGUUCAAUGUGUUUGCAUUGUGCCUGGAGGAUGGAAGAAAAUGUUUUAUGUAUAGUUAAUUUGACCUUGUCAUUCAGUGAUAAGAUAUGGUGUGAAGGUUAUGCAGUACUUGUUUUGCUUCGAAUUUUGUGAUACGUGUUAACGUACAGCAAGAAUAAAGAAAUCGUGAGAAAUGGAAUCUUAUUUUGUUGGGGUAGACGUGGGAACUGGAAGUGUCAGGGCUGCUCUAGUAACAAGAAACGGUAAAUUGUUGUGCACGUCUUCCAAAGAUACGAAAACAUGGAAUCCCGAAGUAGAUUACUUUGAACAAUCAACAGAUGAUAUAUGGAGAGCUGUUUGUUCUGUGGUGAAGGAUGUUUCAAAAAAUGUGGCUAGCAGUGCUGUGAAAGGUAUUGGAUUUGAUGCUACCUGUUCCUUGGCUGUUGUGGAUAUAGAAGGAAAUCCCCUCUCCAUCAGCCCAACAGGAAAUAAUGAGCAAAAUGUGAUUCUCUGGCUGGAUCAUCGUGCCGUUGACGAGGCAGAGUUCAUUAAUGGCUUGAAGCAUCCUGUCCUGAAGUAUGUUGGUGGUAAAAUUUCACUUGAAAUGGAGACACCGAAACUUAUGUGGCUAAAAACGAAUUUGAAGGAGCAGUGCUGGGAUAAAGCUGGUUAUUUCUUCGAUUUACCAGACUUCUUGACAUGGAAAGCCACUGGGACAGAUUCACGGUCACUCUGUUCUUUAGUUUGUAAAUGGACAUAUGAGGCGCAUCCCAAUGGUAACAAGGGAUGGAAUGAGGACUACUUCAGACAGAUUGGGUUGUCAGACCUGAUGGAGGAGAACUGGAAAAAGAUUGGUUCAGUGGUAAAGGAGCCAGGCUCCCCCUGUGGCAAUGGGCUCAGUGAACAGGCAGCACAAGAACUGGGAUUGCAGCGCGGAACUCCUGUGGGAACAUCCAUAAUUGAUGCACACGCUGGUGGGCUGGGCAUGAUUGGCUGCUCAGCAGGCUCUGUGAGCCAGGACUUUCAGACCAGGCUGAGUCUGAUUUAUGGCACUUCCACAUGCCAUAUGGCUGUGCACAAGGAUGCCCUUUUUGUGGAAGGUGUUUGGGGACCAUACUACAGUGCCAUGGUUCCAGGCUACUGGCUGAAUGAAGGUGGUCAGAGUGCCACAGGCAAGCUGAUUGAUCACAUGAUAGACUCUCAUCCUGCCACUGCGCAACUGAAAGCCAAGAUUGGGAAGAGCGUGCACAUUCAACAGUAUCUGAACAAUGUUCUUGAAAAUAUGGCCAACAAACGAGGCGUUGCUUCAGUCUCCACGUUAACCAGUGACAUUCAUGUGUGGCCUGACUUCCAUGGAAAUCGUUCACCUCUUGCUGAUCCGUCACUGUUGGGGAUGAUCUCUGGGUUGACAUUGGCGGCAGAUGAAGAGAACCUGGCACUCAUCUAUCUAGCAACUAUUCAAGCUCUGGCUUAUGGCACACUCCACAUUAUAGAUGUGCUGCACGCAGCAAACCACUCUAACAUCCAGUCGUUGCUGAUGUGUGGGGGGCUUAGCCGCAACCCACUGUUUGUUCAAACUCAGGCUGAUGUGGCAAAGCUUCCAGUUCUGUGUCCCCAGGAGAGUGAAUCAGUUCUUGUUGGAGCAGCAAUCCUUGGGGCAUGUGCCGCAGGGGAAUUUCCAGAUGUGCAGACAGCAAUAAUGGCAAUGGGAGGUUCUGCUGACAUUGUCAUUCCCAGGGACAAGGAGCACAGAUAUCAUCAAAAGAAAUACAGAGUGUUCCUGAAGAUGGCAGAACAUCAAAGAGAGUACAGGGCCAUAAUGUCCCAUGAAUAGAGGCCUACAUCCUACUGUUAUGGUUACAUUUUUACACAAAGCUUUUGUUCAUGGUACAACUUGAAGAUAUGAUUUAUAUCAUAACUGCAUUUUAUACUCAACAAGAUGCUCCAGCUGAACAUGCACGAAUGGUGUGUCCACUUCCAAGCUGAACGAGUCUGCCAUUUUCCGAUUCUUUCACAUGAACUGUCAGUCAGCACUACCACUAAUGCAUUUACACGAGCACUACAGAGUGUAAACAAGUGGAAGAAUGUUCUUUGUUGUCAACUGAAGUUCCUUCAGUGUAGCCAACGCGAAUUCUGUUCCACAAUUUCUUAGUUUUUCCAUUAUUUUUUCCAUCUCUUGUGUAUGUUACUUAUUGUCUUAAGGUUAUAAUCUUGUUACUUUUUAUUUUCUCUGAAAUCCAUUCGCCAGAGUUCAUGCAGGUGUUCAAGUAAGAACAUUCCUCUUUUAGAAUCUCCUAUCAAAAUGAAUACUCUGUUUUUAAUUUAUGUUUGAAUUUUUUUUAUUGCUAGUGGGGUGGGACUAAGUUCCUUGUACUGCGGCCCCUU